AUGGAAGCUGUCGCCAAGUUUGAUUUCAUGGCCUCAGGCGAGGACGAACUAAGUUUUCACACUGGAGAUGUCCUGAAGAUCUUAAGUAACCAGGAAGAAUGGCUCAAGGCAGAGCUUGGGAGCCAAGAAGGAUAUGUGCCUAAGAAUUUUAUAGACAUCCAGUUUCCUGAGUGGUUCCAUGAAGGUCUUUCGAGACACCAAGCAGAAAACUUACUCGUGAGCAAAGAAGUUGGCUGUUUCAUCAUCCGGGCCAGCCAGAGCUCCCCAGGGGACUUCUCCGUCUCUGUCAGGCACGAGGAUGAUGUUCAGCACUUCAAGGUCAUGCGAGACAACAAGGGCAAUUACUUCCUAUGGACUGAAAAGUUUCCAUCCUUAAAUAAGCUGGUGGACUACUACAGGACAACUUCCAUCUCCAAACAGAAGCAGAUCUUCCUGCGAGAUAGAACCCAAGAAGAUCAGGGUCAUCGACGCAACAGCCUGGACCAGAGGUCCCAGGGAGGCCCACCUCUCAGUGGAGCCGUGGGAGAAGAAAUCCGGCCUUCAAUGAGCCGGAAGCUGUCAGAUCACCCACCUCCCCGCCCUCCACAGCACCACCAGCCACACCCACAGUCCUCCCCGCAGUUCUCCGCCAGGCCUCAGCACCCUCCGCACCAGCGCUACCCGCAGCAUCACCAUUUUCACCAGGACCGCCGUGGAGGCAGCCUGGACAUAAAUGACAGGCACUGUGGCACAGGUAGUGAAAUGAAUGCCGCCAUCAUGCAGCGGAGACACACAGACCCUGUUCAGCUGCAAGUGGCAGGGCGUGUACGCUGGGCCCGGGCACUGUACAAUUUUGAGGCCCUGGAGGACGAUGAGCUAGGAUUCCAGAGUGGAGAAGUGGUGGAGGUCCUGGACAGCUCCAACCCAUCGUGGUGGACCGGCCGGCUACACAACAAACUGGGCCUCUUCCCUGCCAACUACGUGGCUCCCAUGACACGCUGAGCCAGCCCAUCUGAGGGGCCGGGGGCUUUUUGUCUGAAGCUGCCUGCAAGAGAGGGGCCAAGGGGAAAGCAAAUCUGGACUUCAUGACUACAUAUACAUGUGCAGAGUAUACGCGUGUGUGCCCAUGUAUACAUACAACACACACACAUUUCAUAAUAGUAAUUUAUUGGCAGUUGGCUUGGUUCACUGGUUGGUGUGAGAAGGAACUCAGGUGGAGAAUGAUUUGUUCUUUGUCUGCUCUUCUCAGUGUGAGAGGUCAGUGGGGGAUGGAGGAGGUUGGGAGCAGGGCAGAGAAAUGAA